CCGCGCCGCCGCCGCCGCGCAAUCCGCCGCCAUCCCGCCGCCCCCGCGCCCGGCCGCCGCCCCGACCGCCAUCGCCCUUCCCCGUGGCGCCCGCGGAACCAGACCAGGCAGAUUGGGAGCGGUGCCGAGAAAAAUUUCCUUACUAGAUGACAUUUCAUCGCAAUGUCCGAUCGUUUGGGGCAAAUAACCAAGGGCAAGGAUGGGAAAAGCAAGUAUUCGACUCUCAGCCUGUUUGAUAAGUAUAAAGGAAAAUCAGUAGACGCGGUCAGAUCCUCAGUUAUUCCUAGACAUGGCUUACAGAGUCUCGGGAAAGUUGCCACAGCCCGGCGCAUGCCACCACCUGCAAACCUGCCAAGCUUGAAGUCGGAGAACAAAGGAAACGACCCCAACAUCGUUAUAGUACCCAAGGACGGGACGGGAUGGGCAAACAAGCAGGACCAGCAAGACCCAAAGAGUUCCAGUGCGACAGCCUCUCAGCCGCCGGAGUCGCAGCCGCCGCCGGGUUUGCAGAAAUCUGUCUCCAGUUUGCAGAAACCGACUCAGUCGAUCAGUCCGGAGAACACAAAUUCAGUGCCAGGUGGACCAAAGUCAUGGGCACAGCUGAAUGGAAAGCCAGCAGGACCCGAAGGUGGUUUAAGGGGCUCAAGCCGACUAUUAUCCUUCUCUCCCGAGGAAUUUCCGACGCUGAAAGCAGCUGGAGGGCAGGACAAGGCUGGCAGAGAAAAGGGCGUCUUAGAUCUGUCGUAUGGGCCAGGACCAAGCCUCCGCCCUCAGAAUGUGACAAGCUGGAGGGAGGGCGGUGGGCGAAACAUAAUUUCUGCCACGUCUCUGGGCGCCUCCCCAACUGAGCUGGGCAGCAGGAACUCGAGUGCGGGAGACGGAGCCCCCUCCUCGGCAUGUACCAGCGAUUCUAAGGACCCCUCUCUCCGCCCGGCUCAGCCUGUCCGCAAAGGGGCUUCACAGUUCAUGGGAAAUGUAUACCACCCACCUACAUACCAUGACAUGCUUCCUGCUUUUAUGUGUUCGCCACAGUCAUCCGAGAACCAGGGUACAGUGGAACGAGGCUCUUUCCCCCUUCCUCAGCUCCGCCUGGAACCCCGUGUUCCUUUUAGACAGUUCCAGAUGAAUGACCAAGAUGGAAAAGAAAACAGACUGGGGAUGACUCGCCCGAUCCGUCCCCUUAGGCAGCUGGUAGAGCGGGCGCCUCGGCCCACCAUCAUCAACGCUGAGAACCUGAAGGGCCUUGAUGACUUGGACACUGACGCUGACGACGGCUGGGCAGGCCUUCAUGAAGAAGUGGACUACUCUGAGAAACUGAAGUUCAGCGAUGAUGAAGAGGAGGAGGAGGUUGCGAAGGAUGGCAGGCCAAAAUGGAACAGCUGGGACCCUAGGAGACAGCGGCAGUUGUCAGUGAGCUCUGCGGACAGUGCUGAUGCCAGGCGCACCCAAGAAGAAGGGAAGGACUGGGGCGAAGCAGCGCUCGCGUCCCGAGUCGUCCGAAAGCUGCCAGAACCACAGCCACCUUCCAGAAAGCUCCACGGCUGGGCCACAGGCCCCGACUACCAGAAGUCCUCAAUGGGCAGUAUGUUCCGGCAACAGUCUGCUGAGGACAAAGAGGACAAGCCACCCCCACGGCAGAAGUUCAUCCAGUCAGAGAUGUCUGAGGCUGUGGAACGAGCCCGAAAGCGCCGGGAGGAAGAGGAGCGCCGUGCCCGGGAAGAGCGGCUGGCUGCCUGCGCGGCCAAACUCAAACAGCUGGACCAGAAGUGUAAGCAGGCCCAGAAGCAGGUGGAGAAGGAAGUCCCCCGAUCUCCAGGCGCUGAGAAGGCGUCCCCACAGGAGAACGGCCCUGCCGGCCGCAAAGGCUCCCCAGAAUUCCCUGUGCAGGAAGCGCCCCCCACAUUCUCAGAGGAGGCACCCACAGCCUCCCCAGCGGUGGCUCAGAGCAGCAGCAGCAGCAGCAGCAGCAGCAGCGAAGAGGAGGCCAGGGAGGCUGGGUCCCCUGCACCGGAGUUCAGCAAGUACCAGAAGACCCUUCCUCCCCGGUUCCAGCGCCAGCAGCAGCAGACACAGCAGGAGCAGCUGUACAAGAUGCAGCACUGGCAGCCUGUGUAUCCCGCGCCUGCCCACCCGCAGCGCACCUUCUACCCGCACCACCCCCACAUGCUGGGCUUUGAUCCCAGGUGGAUGAUGGUGCCUUCCUACAUGGACCCACGGAUCACACCCACUCGGACCCCUGUGGACUUCUACCCCUCAGCCUUACAUCCUUCAGGACUGAUGAAACCUAUGAUGCCACAAGAUUCUCUGAGUGGGACUGGCUGUCGCUCCGAGGAGCAGAACUGUGUGCCCUCGCUCCAGGAAAGAAAAGUGACCACCAUGGACCCAGCCCCUGUGUGGGGCCCAGAGGGCUACAUGGCCUUGCAGAGCAAGGGCUACUCACUUCCCCACCCAAAGCCGAGUGACACUUUGGCUGUGGACAUGCACGUCAGGAAUGAAAGCUCUUACUCUGCCUCACCCGGAAGGCCAGGGGGCGUAAGUGCCCCCCGCACUCUCUUUGAGGAGAGAGCGGAGGAAUACUUGAGUGCUUUUGACAAGAAGGCCCAAGCAGACUUUGACAGCUGUGUCUCCUCUCAAAGAAUAGGCCAGGAGCUUGUGUUUCCACCCCAAGACAAUGUUCAGGAAGCAGGUGCUCCUGCGGGCCACACCCAAAACCUCAGGCGCUCCCCACUGGAGCCCGACUUUACCCCUGCUGAGAAAAAGCCCGAGUAUGGCAGUUGGGACGUUGGUCACCAGCCAAAGGCCGCUGACACAGCCAGUGCUGCUGAGCAGGAGGCCCCCCAGGAGGAGUCGUCCUGCAACGUCUCCUCCUGGGAGAAGGAAGGGAGCCCCGGCAAGCAGCCAUCCUCAGAGCCCGAGUGGGCCCCCGAGCCUCGGAGCGCCAGCAGCCAGCAGCAGGAGCAGCCAGGCCGGACCCGGAGGUCGGGCCCCAUCAAGAAACCUGUCCUGAAAGCCCUCAAAGUGGAGGAGAAGGAGAAGGAGAAGGAGCUGCAGAAGCUCAAGCAGGGCCCGGGGGAGGCCAGCGCCCGACUGGCCAAGGCCAAGGAGCCGCUUCCCCAGGGGGAGAAGGAGGAGGAGGAGGAGAACGACCCCUCCCUGGCCAACGCCUCCCCCUCCACUGUGGAGGCCAAGAGCUCUCCCCGUCCUGGUCUUGGCCACGAGGCCAGUAAAUUGGAAGAUGAUGAGAAGCCCGACAAGGCGUGGGAGGCCAGACCCUCGCGUGAGCCCAGCGAUGUCCCCCCAACAAAGCGGAACAACUGGAUCUUCAUUGACGAGGAGCAAGCCUUUGGGGGCAGAGGGCAGGCCCGGAGCCGGGGCCGUGGAUUCAGAGAGUUCACUUUCCGUGGUCGGCCCACUGGCGGAAGUGGAGGCAGUGUUUGUGGCGGGGGGGUCCUGGGGGCGCGCGGCAUCUACAGCAGCAGCCAGCGAGGCGGCCGGGGCCGCGGCCUGCGGGACUUCACUCAGCCAGAAGAGUGCCCCCGAGCCAAACCCCGGCGAAGGAUCGCCAGCGAGACGCACAGCGAGGGCUCCGAGUACGAAGAGCUGCCCAAGCGGCGUCGGCAGAGAGGCUCCGAGGCCGGGAACGAGGGCCUGCUGCCAGAGCGGGAGGAGAGCGCCUUGAAGAGAGACUCCUGGCGCUCCAACAAGACCUACUGCGAGGACCAGGGAGCGCUAGAUGCUAAGAGCCGGGGCCCUCGGGCCUUCGGGCGCGCCCUCCCACCCCGGCUCAGCAAUUGUGGCUACGGGCGGAGGACCUUCCUCUCCAAAGAGCCUGCCCACUGGCAGAGCCGAAGCGCGGGCUGCUCCUGGCAGGAGUACGGCUCCGACGCAGGUGGCACCCGGCGUGCCUCCGACAGAGACUACGUCUCCGACUCCUACAAACACGCCGACGUGUUUGGUAGCAGGGCCUUGGAGGACGGCCGCUUGGACGACAAGAGGUCGUCCUUCUUCCAAGACGACCACGCAGCUGACUGCGAAAACGCCGAGAUCCGGCCUUUCCGGAGGAGGCGCCCUCCACGCCAGGACAAGCCGCCUCGCUUCCGGCGCCUCCGGCAGGAGCGGGAGUCCUUGGGCCUGUGGGGCCCAGAAGAGGAGCCCCAUCUGCUGCCGGGGCAGUGGCCGGGCAGAUCCAAGCUCUGUCCUGGGGAACAGAGUGGUGCCGGGGGCCGCAGGUCCCCCGAGCUCUCCUACCAGAACUCCUCUGAUCACGGCAACGAGGAGUGGGAGACGGCCUCUGAGAGCAGCGACUUCAGCGAGCGCCGUGAGCGCCGCGAAGGCCACGGGGCUGGACCUGCGCCCCUAGGGGAUGGAGGCCUGUGUGGGGCCAGCUUGGGGGAGAAGAAGGAGAUGGCCAAGCGCAGCUUCUCCAGCCAGAGGCCCCAGGGGGACAGACAGAGCCGUAAACUGGAGCCGGGAGGGUUUGGGGAGAAGCCUGCUAGGCCAAGUGGUGGUGAAGCGUCCCCCCGCUACGAGAGCCAGCAGAGUGGGACACCUGUGAAAGCUAAAAGGUCCCCAGAUGAGGCCUUGCCAGGAGGCCUUAGUGGCUGCAACAGUGGGAGCGGCCACUCGCCCUACGCCCUGGAACGGGCCACCCAUGCCAACUCUGCUAGUCCUGAAGCCACCACUAAGAAGGCGGAGAAGGAGGCUACACUGGCUGUCCAGAGGGCCAGUGAGCAGGGGGAGGCCCGGAAGCAGUUUGACCUGAGCUAUGGAACUGCCAUCAUGGAAAAUUGUGGGUCCAGCCCUGGGGAGGAAAGUGAGGUCGGCUCUGUGGUGGGUGAAGGCUUCAUUGAAGUCCUGACCAAGAAACAGCGCCGCCUGCUGGAGGAAGAGAGGAGGAAGAAGGAGCAAGCCGUGCAGGUGCCUGUCAAAGGUCGAGGCCUUUCCUCCCGCAUUCCUCCUCGAUUUGCUAAAAAGCAAAACAACUUGUGCCUCGAGCAAGGUGAUGUGACCAUGCCUGGCAGCAGCCUGGGCACCGAGAUCUGGGAGAGCAGCAGCCAAGCGCUCCCCGUGCAGGCUGCAGCCAGUGACUCCUGGAGGAAGGCCGUCACCGCGUUCAGCAGCAGCGAGCCUGGCGCUGCCGAGCAGGGUUUUAAGAGCAGCCAGGGAGAUAGUGGCGUUGACUUGAGUGCCGAGUCUCGGGAGUCAUCUGCGACCUCCUCACAGCGCAGCUCCCCGUAUGGGACUCUGAAACCAGAGGAGAUGAACGGGCCCGGCCUGGCGGAACCCAAGGCCGACAGCCACAAGGAGCAGGCUCAGAAGCAGUCUGAGCAAAAGGAUUCAGAACAAGGCUCAGGACAGAGCAAGGAGCACAGACCAGGACCCAUCGGCAAUGAGCGUUCUCUGAAAAACAGAAAGGGCUCGGAGGGGGCCGAGCGGCUGCAAGGGGCCGUCGUCCCGCCUGUUAAUGGGGUAGAGAUUCACGUGGACUCCGUGCUGCCUGUGCCGCCCAUUGAAUUUGGAGUCAAUCCAAAAGACUCCGAUUUCAGCCUGCCACCUGGUUCUGCCUCUGGUCCUGCAGGGAAUCCAGUUGUCAAGCUUCAGGAUGCCUUGGCCAGUAACGCAGGGCUCACACAGAGCAUCCCCAUCCUGCGGCGGGAGCAGCACCUCCCGAGGGCCAUCGGCCUCUCCCCGAUGUCCUUCCCCAGCGCCGACCUCACUCUGAAGAUGGAGUCUGCGCGCAAGGCCUGGGAGAACUCCCCCAGUUUGCCGGAGCAGAGCUCUCCAGGGGGUGCUGGCUCGGGCAUCCAGCCUCCAUCCUCUGUGGGUGCCUCCAGUGGGGUCAGCUACAGCUCCUUCGGUGGCGUGUCCAUGCCACCCAUGCCUGUGGCCUCUGUUGCGCCUUCUGCUUCUAUACCAGGCAGCCACCUUCCGCCACUGUACCUGGAUGGCCACGUGUUUGCAAGUCAGCCCCGGCUGGUUCCUCAGACAAUGCCACAGCAGCAGAGUUACCAGCAGGCUGCCGCUGCCCAGCAGAUCCCCAUCUCCCUCCACACGUCUCUGCAGGCCCAGGCUCAGCUCGGACUGAGGGGUGGGCUCCCCGUGUCCCAGUCCCAGGAGAUCUUCAGCUCCUUACAGCCCUUCAGGUCUCAGGUGUAUAUGCACCCCAGCCUGUCACCACCCAGCACCAUGAUCCUGUCUGGGGGUACAGCCUUGAAGCCUCCGUACUCGGCGUUCCCCGGCAUGCAGCCCUUGGAGAUGGUGAAGCCGCAGUCCGGCUCGCCCUAUCAGCCCAUGAGUGGAAACCAAGCCCUGGUCUACGAGGGCCAGCUCGGCCAGGCUGCCGGCCUGGGCGCCUCACAGAUGCUGGACUCACAGCUCCCGCAGCAGCUGACCAUGCCGCUACCACGGUAUGGCUCCGGGCAGCAGCCGCUGAUCCUGCCACAGUCCAUCCAGCUGCCGCCCGGGCAGAGCCUCUCUGUUGGGGCUCCCCGGAGGAUUCCUCCACCUGGGUCCCAGCCGCCGGUCCUGAACACCAGCAGAGAGUCCUCUCAGAUGGAGCUGAAAGGUUUCCACUUUGCCGACAGUAAACAGAAUGUUCCCACAGGAAGCUCCGUGCCGUCGCCGCAGGCCUACAGGCCUAGCUCUGCUAGCCCCAGUGGGAAGCCCUGUGGAUCAGCAGUUAACAUGGGCUCUGUGCAGGGACACUACGUUCAACAGGCAAAACGAGUGGAUGAAAAGCCCAGCCUGGGAGCUGUGACGCUGCAGGAGGCGCCCUCGGCUGCCGCGCACGUGAAGCGAACCGGAGCCAUCAAGCCUCGGGCUGUCAAGGUGGAGGAGAGCAAGGCCUGAAGGUGCCCAGCGGCCGCUCGCCUCCGAGGACAGCGCCGCCGCCGUGGCGACAGCCCACGCUCGGGAGCGUCCCUGGACCCUCUGGUCCUCCGCUCGGAAAGCUCCGUCGUCAACCAGCUUGUACCCGUGGAUAAACGGCAUUGACCUGCUUGCUUUGAUACGAAAAAAGCAAACAACUCCCUCAUUCCCAUGUCCUCCUACCCGCGUGACCGUGGAGUGAGUCGCCUUCCGUGCAGUGCCGCCCGCCCGCCCACCCCUCUGUCCUGCUCCGCGCCCAGGCCGCAGGGUCACUUCAGUUGGAGGCUUUUACAAGCAGUGACGGUUUUUACAGAGGAGAGGAAAGGAAGACCACGCCAGCUCCGCCUGUACAGCUGAACUUUUCUACGCUCCUCGCCACCCUCCCCUCCCCUCCCCUGUCUCAGUGGUUUCCCUGCACUCUGUCCCGCAGCCCUGCCCCUCUGCCGGGUAGGACAGGAAUGGGAGCCCCUGGUGAGGUGAGCAGGCUCCGGCCCCUGACCUGAGACGGAUGUUUCAGCAUGAUCAGACUGACACAGAACUUGUCCUCGGCUCCUCCAGGAAGCCAGCAGAUAGGCUGCCGCCUGAUGGUGGGCACCGGAGAUGAAUCGUGGAGCCAGAGUCGCGGCCGGGUCCCAGGCUGGCCAGGGCGUGCGCUCUGCCUCCGGCUCCUGUGCUGUCACACUUGCCUCCUUCCCCCGAGCCUCUGCUCCUCUGGGUCCCUGAACCUGCAGCCCUCACGGAGCCCGUCACUACUGCCACAUGGUGAUGAGCCCCUGUGAACACCUGUGGGGCCACGUCUGUAGGGCAGGCAGCAGGCCUAAGCUAAGCUCAAGUGUCUGUCCGUCCCACUCCUCCUCCAUUGGCACGUAGCUGGGCAGGGCCCACCACACUUCCAAAGCAUCCCGGCCGCCUCCGAGAAGGGACGGCGUCCUCUGGCUGCAGAGCCAGCUCUCCCGAAGUGUGGGAGCCGCUGCAGUCUGUGCUCCUGGCCGUGGCUCCCCUGAGCAGCGGCAGUCACCCCAGAUUCUGCCCUUGCAAGGACAGUGAAGGGGACGCUGCGCUUUCGGGUCUCUGAACUCCCACCUCUGGCCACCAGCAGUUCUGAAGUGUGUGACAGCAGUCGGGCUCUGGGCUCGAAGGUUUUUGUAGAAUCUGCAACUGCUCACGUGGCUUCCCAUGGCUCCUCACUGAUUCCAGCAAGUGGAGCGGCAGCCCUGUCAUGCACGGGUCCGGCGAGCCAGCGGGGGCCGUGUGGGCAGGACAGGGCCCGAUGGGCUGUUGUCUCCUGUGGCCUGCAGCAGCUCCCCUCGGCCCCACCCUCAGACUUCCCUCGCUUGUCCCUCAUUCUGCCUCUGCAAGGGCUCCCCUUCUGCAGGUGUCUGGUCGCUGUCCCUGUGGUGCGUCGUCUGCCCCGCCCCCUCCGCACCUCAUUGCCAAGCCAUCCCUGGGUGAGCCUGGGUCAGCGGCAGCCACGCGCGUUCACCUCUGCCUGUGCCCGUUAGAACACGGCCAGACCCACUCGGCCCUGAGGCCGGCGCCGAGGCCUGUCAAAGGAAGAAACCCAGAACAGUCCUGGACGCGGUUCGGAGACGUGCCCUCGGGUGAACUGGCCGCUGGAAAGACAGCACUUCCUGUUGGAGAAAAAAAUAAAGAGGUCGCCAACUCCAGCCCUUUCUCCGCCCUGUGUUCUUCCUCCCCGAGCACCCGAAUAAAAACAGAACACUAGAAUUUAUUUAUAUGUAUUGAUGUCGUAGGUGUAGGUCAAGAAAAGUCCACGUGUCACUGCUCUGUUUAUCUCUACCGUCCGAGUCACUCUGCCGGAGAGGCCGGGAGAUCACAUGUAGAGUCCGGGCGUGAGCCGAGCUGUGGGCUCCCCGGCUGGGAGGUUCUUGAGAGACGGUGGGAGCAGAGGGCAGGCCUCUGGCCUCCCGCCGGCCCCCUCCCUCCCCACGGCCAGAUUGAACGCAGUUCUCAGUGUGGAGACGUCUGAAGGUGCAAUAGCCCCUUCCGUGGGGUUGGAGGGCUGAGCUCCCGGUGAUGGGUGAUGGAACGGAGGGUCUCGCUUUGAUUUCAAUCCCCUGCUGGAGCGCAGGUGCACGCGGGCCUCGGUGGGAACAGGUGAGGCCCUGGCCUGCAGCUUGGCAACCAGCGACCCUGGAAGACCCCUCUGCGUGUGGCCUGCUGCUCCUCACCCCUUCCCUCUUCUCUUCACUGUUUCCAGACUUGGGGUCUGGGUCUAGGAUCCUUCCAGGGGGAGACAGGAUGACUUUUAUGACACAGUGAGAAAAAGCCCAGCUCCGAAGCUGUGGCCACCCCAGUCACUUCUAGAAGGGCCUCGGGGUGCUGGUGUCGGUGGGGACGGGGGCUGCGGGGCGGUGAGCGGCCGCCUCUCCCCCGCAGAGCAGGCCUGGCCUGGGGGGCCUGCGGGGGAGGAAGCAGGGCUGCGGCCGCCCGGGUGACCGGUCCAAGGGGGACCCUGCUCGCGCCUUGUGCGGGGCGGCUUUGUUCUGCAGAGGGCUGUGUUUGGCUUCGUUCCUUCUGUCUGUCGGCCUUGCCCCUGUCUGUAGACCAGGUGGUGGCUCGCGGCGCACUGUGCGGCCUUGGGCGGCGCUGGGCCCGAGGACGCCGGGCGCUGGCACUCUCCCCGCCCUUUCCCUCCGGUCGGUCCCUGUUCUCCUUUCAGAUCCGUGAUUGUACUAGCUCUUUCCAUAUGAAAGAAUUCUCCUUAUUUAAAUUUAAAAAAAAUAAAGCUAAACGUGCUUUCUCA